AAUACAUUUUCACCCAAAAACCGAAGGGGGAAAAAAAAAAAGAAAAAAAAAAAACCACAAACGUUGGAGACAUCGCGAAGGCAAAAAAGCCUGCUUUCUAUGUCUCCGUCUCCCUCCGCCGCUCCUUCUCUCCGCCGGCCCCUCGCCACCAUCUCCCUCCCCUAUCCUCACCAAACCCUAACCCUAAUUUUGCCCAAACCCUAAAGAUCCCCUUCGUGCCCCAUUCGACCCUCCCAUGUCGUGGGGCUUGGGGUGGAAACGCCCCUCCGAGAUCUUCCACCUCACCCUCGACUACGGCGACUCCGAUCCCAAUGCCGACCCCUCUCCCACCCCGUCGACCUCCCCGCCCCCGCCGCCGCCUCCUCCGCCGCCCCCGCCGCCGCCGCCCCCGCCCCCCGCCGCAGGAGAUCUCGGUUUCCGGAUCGAGCUCGACUGGUCGGCCGGGGACGACGAGGAUCAGGUCGCGCUCCGGCUCCAGUCGCAGCUCAUGGUCGCGCUGCCCCCGCCGCGCGACGCCGUGGUGCUGGAUCUGCGCGAAGGUCGGGAAGGGUGCGUGGAGAUCGAUAUGAAGGUCGAGAAGCGGCGGGAACCGCUGCGGUCGGUGCGGAUGGCAAAGGCGGCGGGGUCGGGGCAGCAGAGCGAUGGCGUUGCGGUGCUCACGCGGCUGAUCCGAUCAAAUUUGGCACCAUCGGGAUCGCCCGAGGGGGCUCCAGCGUUGGACGAUCGCUGGAAGAGCGUUACUGUCGUAAGCUUGUGCGGCUGCGGCUUGUCGGCACUCCCGGUCGAGUUAACACGCCUACCACUUCUUGAGAGACUAUAUCUUGAUAAUAAUAAGCUAUCUGUCUUACCUCCAGAACUCGGUGAAUUAAAGAAUCUGAAGGUUCUUAGAGUUGAUAGCAACAUGCUAGUUUCUGUCCCUGUUGAGCUGAGGCAAUGUGUUAAGUUGGUUGAGUUGUCCUUAGAACACAACAAACUUGUCCGCCCUCUCCUGGAUCUCAGGGCUAUGACUGAGCUUCGUGUCCUAAGAUUGUUUGGAAAUCCUCUCGAGUUUCUUCCUGAACUUUUACCAUUGCACAAUUUACGACAUUUGUCUCUUGCUAAUAUCAGAAUAGAGGCAACUGAAAGCCUAAAAUCUGUAAAUGUGCAAAUAGAGACAGAUAAUAGCUCCUAUUUCGUUGCAUCUAGGCACAAACUUAGUGCCUUCUUUUCUCUUAUUUUCCGGUUUUCCUCAUGCCAUCAUCCUCUUCUGGCUUCUGCUCUGGCAAAAAUCAUGCAAGAUCAUAACAAUCGGAUAGCUAUUAGCAAAGAAGAAAAUGCAGUUCGGCAGCUUAUAAGUAUGAUAAGCAGUGACAAUCGCCAUGUGGUUGAACAAGCAUGCUGUGCUCUUUCCUCGCUAGCGUCAGAUGUUUCUUUAGCAAUGCAGUUGAUUAAAUCUGACAUUAUGCAACCCAUUGAGUCAGUUUUGAGAUCAGUUGAUCAGGAAGAGCUGAUUUCUGUAUUGCAAGUUGUGGUCACAUUGGCUUUCGCCUCUGAUCAUGUUGCACAAAAGAUGCUGACGAAGGAUCUCCUUAAGUCGCUUAAAGUACUCUGUGCGCACAAAAACACAGAGGUGCAGCGCCUGUCUUUAUUUGCAGUGGGAAAUUUAGCUUUCUGUUUGGAGAAUCGUCGUACUUUAACUCAGUCUGAAAGCUUACGUGAACUUCUACUCCGUUUGACUGUUACAUCUGAGCCACGUGUGAAUAAGGCUGCUGCACGUGCUUUGGCAAUUCUUGGAGAAAAUGAGAAUCUGCGUCGAGCUAUAAGAGGAAGGCCAGUUGGGAAGCAAGGAUUGCGCAUACUUGCAAUGGAUGGUGGUGGUAUGAAGGGUCUUGCGACAGUCCAAAUGAUUAAACAAAUCGAGGAAGGAACUGGAAAGCGUAUUCAUGAAAUGUUUGAUUUGAUCUGUGGUACAUCAACGGGUGGCAUGCUUGCGAUAGCUCUUGGAGUCAAGCAGAUGACUUUGGAGCAGUGUGAAGAAAUAUAUAAGAAACUAGGCAAACUUGUAUUUGCUGAACCUAUCCCUAAAGAUAAUGAAGCUGCUUCCUGGAGAGAGAAGCUUGACCUACUAUAUAAAAGUUCAUCACAAAGCUUUAGAGUAGUUGUACAUGGUUCAAAGCACAGUGCCGAUCAAUUUGAGAGAUUACUGAAAGAAAUGUGCGCUGAUGAAGAUGGUGACCUCUUAAUAGAGUCUGCUGUGAAAGGCAUUCCGAAGGUUUUCGCAGUAUCUACUCUAGUCAGUGUUAUGCCGGCACAACCUUUUAUAUUUCGGAAUUAUCAGUAUCCAGCUGGCACCAUGGAAGCGCCUUCAGGAAUGGUCGAAAGCCCUGCAAUAACUGCAGUUGGGACAGCUACUUCUGGGUCGCCGGUUGGUAUCCGGCGUGGUGCUUAUAUUGGGAGCUGCAAGCAUCGGAUAUGGGAAGCUAUAAGGGCAUCAUCUGCUGCUCCAUAUUAUCUUGAUGAUUUCUCAGAUGAUGUAAACCGCUGGCAAGAUGGAGCUAUUGUGGCAAAUAAUCCAACCAUUUUUGCAAUUAGAGAAGCACAACUCUUAUGGCCUGAUACGAGAAUUGAUUGCCUAGUUUCGGUCGGAUGUGGGUCAGUUCCUACUAAAGCUAGAAAAGGUGGAUGGCGCUAUCUGGAUACAGGACAGGUUUUAAUAGAGAGUGCAUGUUCGGUGGAGCGAGUGGAGGAAGCUAUGGAAACUUUCAUACCACUGCUUCCUGAAAUGCAGUAUUUCCGGUUCAAUCCAGUUGAUGAGCGGUGUGGUAUGGAGCUUGAUGAGACUGAUCCUUCUAAUUGGCUCAAGUUAGAAGCUGCAACCGAGGAGUACAUCCAGAAAAAUUUUCAGGCUUUUAAGAAUUUAUGUGAACAGCUAGUUCCGAGAUGCCAGAAUGACGAAAAGCUGAUGGAAAAGAUGAAGUCCCAACAGUUUUCACAAUUUAAACCUUCAGAUUCAGGUCUUAAUGAUAAUGGCCCAUCAUUAGGAUGGAGGCGAAUGGUACUCCUUGUAGAGGCUUCUUAUAAUCCUGAUUCUGGAAAGUCUAUAAAUCAUGCCCGCUCUCUAGAAACAUUUUGUGCCGGUAAUAACAUCAGACUGGCUCUUACAAAUAGGUCCCCAGGAUUUUCCAAGCAAGGAACUGCGUUCCCUACACCAUUUGCAUCACCUUUGUUCACUGGGAGUUUUCCAUCGAGCCCACUUCUAUAUAGUCCUGAGUGUGGUCCUCAAAGAGUCGGUCGAAUCGAUUUGGUCCCGCCACUUAGUUUGGAUGGCCACCCGACCGUGAAGUCGUCAGCCUCACCACCAACAUCGCCUUUGAUGUCUAGGCAGCCCACUAUACAUGUUCGGUCAUUGCAUGAGAAGUUACAAACUUUGCCUCAAGUUGGGAUUAUUCAUUUGGCUCUUCAGAAUGAUUCUACAGGCUCAAUAUUAAGUUGGCAGAAUGAUGUAUUUGUCGUUGCUGAGCCGGGAGAGCCCGCGGAUAGGUUUCUUCAGAGUGUUAAAAUGAGCUUAUCAUCUAUGAUGAGAGGGUGGAAAAGGAAAGAAGCUUAUUCCUUAUCGAAACUCUCAAACAUUGCUGAUUUGGUUGCAGAAUGGCCAUCCUUUCAGGUUGGAGGCAUCCUCCACCGCUAUAUUGGACGACAGACUCAAGUAAUGGAAGAUAACCAAGAAAUUGGUGCCUUUAUGUUUCGUAGAACAGUUCCUGCUGUUCACUUGACUGCUGAAGAUGUUCGGUGGAUGGUUGGAGCAUGGAGGGACCGAAUCAUAAUCUGCAGCGGGAAAUGCGGGUUCGCCCCAAGUCUCGUGAAGGCCUUCCUCGAUUCAGGUGCCAAAGCCGUGGUUUCAUCUUCUAUCGAACCGCCCGAUUUGCAGUGUGGGCUGUCCCACCCGACGGGCGACUACAACGGCAUCGAGAACGGAAAAUUCGUCAUUGGAGAUGAUGAGGGUGAGGAGGAAGAGGAGCCCGAACCUGCCAGCCCUGCGAGUGAUUGGGAAGACAGUGAUGCUGACAAGAGCUGCGAGCAUCACGUAUCAAAUUGGAACGAUGAUGAAGAAGAUUUGUCGCAGUUCAUUUGUCUUCUGUAUGAUACAUUGUUUCGCGAGGGGGCGAGGGUCGAUGUCGCGCUGCAGCAGGCGGUGCGUUCUCAUCCGAAGUUGAAGUAUACUUGCCAUUUACCGAAUUUAAUAUAGAUUGGAGGAAAAUAAUGUUACAUAUAAAUAAAUAUAGUAUAUAAAUAUAGUGAAAAUAUAAUAAGGUGGUAAAAUUGGGAUUAGUUCCAUUCAAUUUUUUUGCUAUAGAGGAUGUUUGUUGUUUAUUUUGCGAGAGAAAGAGAAAAAGAAAGAGAAGGGUACAACCCAUAUAUGUAUUGCUUACUACAGGGACAAAAUGUAGUAUGAAUUAUAUAUUGAUUUAAUGAAUAAACAUAAGGUGAGGGCAAUUUCGUAUCCUUAUUCAAUGUAAAA